AUGCUCCAUCAAAGCUCGCCGGUUCUAAUAUGCGGCGCUGGAAUCUCUGGCCUUGCCCUUGCACAAGCUUUAUUAAAGCGAGAGAUCCCCUUUCGUGUCUUUGAACGAGAUCCAGCUCUCGGUUUUCGCUCCCAAGGCUACCGGGUCCGAAUCAAUGGCGACGGCAUUGCGGCGCUUACCGAUGCCCUUCCUCCCAAAUUGUUUUCCCUUUUGGUUUCCAGUUGCGCCUAUUGCUCUGCUGGCAUUAGACCGAAUGCACAUUUGAACGCUUUAAACGGCCAAGAUGUCGAAAUGAAAAUUGGACCUCCACCGACUCUCGAGACUCAACCUCUUAACGCCGACCGGAACGUGCUCAGACAAGUCCUGAUUCACGGUAUUGAGGAUUUUGUCCAAUUCGGGAAAGAGUUCUCAUCAUAUACUACAUCCGAUAGAGGUGUCAAAGUACGCUUUAUGGACGGUUCUGAGCAAGAAGGCUCUCUCAUUGUGGGAGCAGAUGGCGCUUUUUCGCGGAUCAGACAACAAUUCCUUCCAGACUUUCAGCUCUUUGAUACGGAAGCACGAUGGAUAUUCGGAAAAACCAUUAUGACAAAAGCUCUCCUCGAUCAAUUCCAAGAGAGAGCUCUCAAUGGCAUGACUCUUGUACAGGAUCGCUCGGGGCCGAUUCCCUUGAGUCUACUGCUAGAGCCAAUGCGAUUUAAGCGCGACGAGCCAAAUAGCCAUGUACCAGAGGACUACGUGUAUUGGGUGCUAGUCUCACGAAAAGAUAUGUUCGACAUGGCAGACGACAAAUUAUUAAAGCUUCCAGCGGACGAGGUAGCCAACCUGGCCAAGAAGAUGACAGCAAAAUGGGAUCCGUCUUUUCACGCUUUAUUCACCUGUCAAGACUCAAACAGAACUUCUAUUUUACGUGUUACGACAGUAAGGCCAGAAAUACCUCUGUGGGAGGCAUCAAGCCGUGUCACUCUCAUUGGGGAUGCAAUUCAUGCCAUGUCACCCACCUCUGCUGCUGGAGCUACGACAGCCCUCAGGGAUGCCGCGUUUUUGGCGCGAACCUUGAGUGAGGGUGGGUUGAAUAGUACCAGCAUCUGCAAGUAUGAAGAGGCCAUGAGAGUAUAUGCAGGCGCAGUGAUUCAAUGGAGUGCCAUUGGGGGGAAAUGGCUUUUUGGAAUGCGAUCAUUUGAAGAGCUGUCCCCAAUUCCAACGUGA